AAGCAACGAUUUAAAAAAAAAAUGGCAAACUAUCAAGAAAUUGAUGUUUAGUGGACGUGUGCACCAGAAUGCUCUUACAAUUGCAUCACUUUUAUUCUCAUUGAGUUUGGUUCAACGCGGCCUCAUCUUUUGUUGCGAAAAGCCGGUGCACCGGAAACUGCUUCUCUUGACAAGUAGCGGCGUCCGUCAAGUGUCAACACGGCUUGUGGACUAAACAAAACACCAUGAACAUAAUGGAUUGUGCUGAUUGGACCACAUUCCCUGUGGUUAUCUGGAACAGAACACCUUAUUUCUAGACUUUCUGAAUGUGUUGGUGAAGGUUCUAGAAGAAGGAAGAAUGCCAGUGGAGAGCAGUAGCAGCGGUGUGGUCCGACAGGCCAAGCAGAAGAGGAAAUCUCACAGUCUGUCUAUAAAGAGGACCAACAGCACCGAGCAGGACCGCUUGGGCCUGCAUAGAGACAUGCUGGACGGCCAGUCGUGUGAUAAUCUGGAAUGUUUGGCCAGAAUAGAGGACUCCAAACUGCCUUUGUCUCUGAAGACCAACCUGAUGGAUCUGUUUAGCCAGAUCGAAAGAGAGUUUGAGAGCCUUUACAUCGAGAACAUCGAGCUUCGCAGAGAGAUCGAGACGCUGAACGAUCGCUUGACUGCAGACGGUCAGACUCUAGAAGGCGCAGACUUGGCCAAAGGAGCCCUGAAAACAAAAACAAGUCACAGCACCAGUCAGCUGUCGCAGAAACUCAAGACCACCUACAAGGCCUCCACCAGCAAGCCGCGUUCAAACUCUUGCCACGCCCCUAUAAGCGGCGCCCGCAACUUCAGCGUAAGCGGCUGGGAGUUGUGGGGCGGAGACUCAUGGAUUGUGUCCAGUUUCAAAGCCACCACGUCCAGAGCUGUGUGUCACCUGCUCAGAGAGUAUGUGGGCCACAGGGACGGUAUCUGGGACCUCAGCGUGACCCGGACCCAGCCCACGGUGCUUGGUACUGCAUCUGCAGACCACACGGCCAUGUUGUGGAGCAUCGAGACGGGGAAAUGUCUCCUCAAAUAUCUGGGCCAUCAAGGAUCAGUCAACUCCAUCAAGUUCCACCCCACUGAACAGAUGGCACUAACAGCAUCUGGGGACCAGACAGCUCACAUCUGGAGGUUCCUGGUGCAGCUGCCCACGCCGCAGCCCGUUGCAGACGUCAGCCAACCCCCCGGCGACGACGACGUUGAGGUUUCCGACAAAGAUGAGGCCGACGUGGAAGCGGACGGUCCCACCGACUGCCCGUCCGUGCGCAUGGCGUCCGUCACGCUGCGCAGUCACCAAGGCGUGGUCAUUGCUGCUGAUUGGCUGGUGGGGGGCAAGCAGGCGGUGACGGCCUCCUGGGACCGAGCCGCCAACCUUUACGACGUGGAGACGUCGGAGCUGGUCCACUCGCUCAUGGGUCACGACCAGGAGCUGACGCACUGCUGCACCCAUCCCACCCAGCGCCUGGUGGUCACCUCGUCCAGAGACACUACUUUUCGACUGUGGGACUUCAGAGACCCGUCCAUCCACUCCGUCAAUGUCUUCCAGGGACACACUGACACGGUGACGUCUGCCGUUUUCACUGUGGGUGACAACGUGGUGUCGGGGAGUGACGACCGUACGGUCAAAGUGUGGGAUCUGAAGAACAUGAGGUCGCCCAUAGCAACCAUCCGCACAGACUCUGCUGUCAACAGGAUCAGCGUGUCGGUGAGUCAGAAGAUCAUCGCUCUCCCUCACGACAAUCGGCAGGUCCGACUGUUCGACAUGUCAGGAGUGCGACUGGCCCGUCUGCCCAGAAGCAACAGACAGGGUCACCGCCGCAUGGUGUGCUGCUCAGCGUGGUGUGAAGACAACACUUCAUGCAACCUGUUCACGUGCGGCUUCGACCGCCAGGCCAUUGGCUGGAACAUUAACAUCCCCGCCCUCCUGCAGGAGAAAUGACCCCGCCCCCUCCUCGUUCUAACAUGUAAGUCCGGGAAAGGUUGUCACGUGCCAUCAGUGUUUGUUCACGCAACAACUUCACGCGUCUUUUUGACAAAGCGAUCGCUUACUGCUGCAACUGUGCACUGAGCACAUCUUCUUGCCGUGUGUGUGCUUGUGUGCGUGUGCGCGUGUGUGUGUGUGUGUGUGUAUGUGUGCGAGUGUAAACACACUUUCAUUACCGUGUGUGUUUAGUGUGAAAGCGACUCCUGCACAUCUGAUAAAAAAAUCUGUGCCACUGAUGGGUAAAAAAAGCACAACACAGAAGCUUAUUGUGACCUUAAUGCUAACAUCAUGUUAAAAUAACCGUAGUAGGAAAUAAGAACGUGUGAAAAAUAUACUCGGUUGUCGCUUUGUUAGUAGGUACACAGUCUUUUUUCUUAUUGCCUCUCAUUGUACAGAUUGUGUACCUAAUCAAGUGUCCGCUGAGUGUUUGUGUUACACAGUUAUGUAAUGUCUGUUAGCAUUCUAGGCCCUUGCAAUACCACUUUGUAUUCCAGGAGGCAAUAGUGAGUCACUGGCAUCAAGGAGGCUCAGACAUGUCAUCAACAUGCUACUUGCAUUGUUGCCUUGUCAGUGUUAGUGAGAACCUAGACAUACAUAUGUAGACACCGCGUCGAGUGCAGCGCUUAAUCACACGUAGACAUCGCCAUAUUGGAUGUGAGAAUAUGCCUCAUUUAUGUGCUGCUUGGAAUUGUACCAACCACAUCUCAUGGAUCAGCUUUCACAGGUUGGACCGAAAAAACAAUUUUGAUUAAAACAUUGUAAAUGGUU